CAGGGACGGGGAGGCCCCGCCCCCGGCCGGCCGUGCGCCUUUUCUGACACCCGGGGCCUCCCAGCUCUAACCGUCCCUGUACCCUGGCGGGGCUGUCACUCGAGCCACCACACGUCCCGCGGACUGCAGCCUCGACCCAGGAGGGAGAGCACGACAUGGCGGCGGCCAAGGCCGAGAACCUCACCCUGGUGGUGCACGGACCCGGAGACCUGCGCCUGGAGAACUAUCCUAUCCCAGAACCAGGCCCAAAUGAAGUACUGCUGAAGAUGCAUUCCGUCGGAAUCUGUGGCUCAGAUGUCCACUACUGGCAGCAUGGUCGAAUUGGGGAUUUUAUUGUGAAAAAGCCAAUGGUGCUGGGGCAUGAAGCUUCAGGAACAGUCGUAAAAGUGGGAUCACUGGUAAAGCACCUAAAAUCAGGGGAUCGUGUUGCCAUCGAGCCUGGUGCUCUGCGAGAAAUGGAUGAAUUCUGCAAGAUUGGCCGGUACAAUCUGUCACCAUCUAUCUUCUUCUGUGCCACACCCCCUGAUGAUGGGAACCUCUGCCAGUUUUAUAAGCACAACGCUGACUUCUGCUACAAGCUUCCUGACAAUGUCACCUAUGAAGAAGGGGCCCUGAUUGAGCCACUGUCUGUGGGGAUCCAUGCCUGUCGGCGAGCUGGAAUCACCCUGGGGAACAAGGUCUUAGUGUGUGGAGCUGGGCCGAUUGGACUGGUCACUCUGAUUGUGGCCAAGGCAAUGGGUGCAGGUCAAGUGCUGGUGACUGAUCUGUCUGCCUCUCGGUUGUCUAAAGCCAAGGAAGUUGGGGCUGAUAUCGUCCUCCAGAUCUCCAAGGAGAGCCCUAAGGAAAUAGCCAGUAAAGUGGAAGAUAUGCUGGGGUGCAAGCCAGAAGCGACCAUCGAGUGCACAGGGGUGGAGUCCGCCAUCCAGUCAGGCAUCUAUGCUACUCGUGCUGGGGGGACCCUGGUGCUCGUAGGGCUGGGCUCCGAGAUGACCACGGUGCCCCUAACACACGCAAGCACCCGGGAGGUGGAUAUCAAGGGCGUGUUUCGAUAUUGCAACACGUGGCCGAUGGCAAUUUCAAUGCUUGCGUCCAAGGCUGUGAAUGUAAAGCCCUUAGUUACUCAUAGGUUUCCUCUGGAGAAAGCUCUGGAGGCCUUUGAAACAGCCAGAAAGGGAACGGGGUUGAAAGUCAUGCUCAAGUGCGACCCCAACGACCAGAAUCCCUAAUAUUAAUUGGGCUCUGCCCUCAUCCUCCCACCCCCACACAGAGCCAGUAUCUCAGGGCAGGUGGGCUUUGAUGCAGAAGUUUCUUUUGAGUAGCAGAAAUAAUUAAAAUAAUUCAUUAUAAGCAGAGAGCCUUACACAGAGGAAUUGGUGUGCCUUAAAAACACAGUAGGGAGAGUUUGGGGGAAUUUGCAGCCAGAGUGACCUACUCAUCCAGAGCAAAGUUCAGCAAAUGGAGCCAGGUUAGGCAGGUGCUGGGAACUCCCCUUCUUCCUGGAGUGCCUAAAUCAGGAAAGAAAUCUGCCCCUUGGGUUCCUGGUUCCACUGUGACUGGCCAGUUGGGGGGUGGGAGCUAAAUUAUGAAGAGAUAACUUUAUCCAGACUUGACUGGCACAGAAAUUGAUUUUCACGAAAACCUCAGUUUGUGACAUGAAUGUGUCAGCCAUUUUUAGAGCACAGUGUUUCUAGAUAUAAGUGCUAUUUAGUUUGAUGAUAAAAGGAGACUUUAAGGGACUGACCUUCUUGGGUCUAGGAUAAGUUUUAAGUCAAUUUAAAAAAACCCACGAACUGAAAUCCCACAUGAGGGCCAACCAGCUUGCACAUCCUCCAAAGGUAGAAAUAGGGAAGUUCUCAGUACAGCUUGAAGAUUGCCUCUUCUUCAACUCCUGAGAACUGUGUAACCUAAACUGUCUUCCCAACACCCCCCUCCCCCCACCAACCCAUCUGCAGAUUCAGAGGCAGUCACCUGGGGGGGGGGGGGUCCUUUGUCGCUAGGCAACCAGGAGGCUCCUUCCUCAGGGCAGCAGUCAAGGGGAGUCCUCCUGGGAGACCUGCCCAGGAGGGUUUGGCCAGUGUACCUGUCCUCCCCCUCCAGCCCCAGGCUUAGCAUUCCCUUCACCCUCCCUGAUGAUGAUGAUAGGCAAUUCCAUUUAUUUCUGAUCAUUAUAAACAGUAAUCCCUCCUCCUUACCUGUUAACACUCUUGUUAUCUUUUCUCUUGGAAUGAUCUUUCCAAUUGUAUUUUAAUCGUGGAGCUUUCCUCUGUAAACACGAUUUGGGUCCAAAUCACUUUAUGCGCAUUUGUGACUUUGAGAUUAUUAGUCAAGAAUGAGGAUAUUACAGCUGUGACUUAACUUGGGUUGCAGCCUUUUAAUCCUUGCCUUCAGCUGGGAGUGGAGGGUGAGUUUGAAGAGGCUCUGGCUUUCUUGUGACUGGGGAGAGCUGUGACCAAUGCUUGGAAUUCCUCAAACUGCUUUGGGUAAUAAAUUGUCCUUGUGGUGCCUGAC